CUCUGGCAUUCACAGCUUAAUGCACAAUGUACAAGAAAAUGGCUCUCACUGCCAUGAAGCUGACUGCUACUGUGCUCCUCAUCACCAUGCUUUGCUGCAGCUCACUUGGUGCUGGAUCUUCUCAUGAGGUUGUCCCUAGUCUUCUUCAGACACUUCUUGAAGGCUCUGUAGAACAGCUGUACGCUGGGCCAAUUUCUCGGUACAAUGUUGAUGAGAUGACUUCAGCUGCUUUGACUGAGCUAAAGACAUGUAUUGAUAAGCUUUCUCCUGAGCAUUUAAAGGCCCUUGUCAGUCUGCUGAAACAAAUCCGAACAGAAGCUUAAACCACCAAAUAUUUGAUCCACUUGCUGAUAACACUCCCACAG